CGUGACCCAUUGCCAAAAGUAAUCAUUAUGGCCGCUGUUAAAAAGAAAUUGGUGUCAGAUACCCUAUCUCUUUAUUCUCUUAUCUAGAAAACUGGAUGCUCUUUCAUGCUUCACGUUAAAAGACCGAGUCAGAAGCACGUAGAGCGAGAAGCGACCUAGGUACGCCUCUUUAUGUCCCGGAUUCAUACAUGAUUUUUCAACACACCGAUUUCUACACACAUCCUUUGGCACUCCCGUCGCUUUGACACGGUCUCUCAUCACUCCUCAAACAACUAAAUAAAAAGGGAAAUGAGAGGGGGGAAGGUAUUCCAGUGAAAACAUGGAAAUAUUUGACUGUUACAAACACACGAUGUCAUAAGAGUAUCGGUACUUGCACAUGCUGAAUCAGUGGUGUUUUUUCCUUCACUGAGUGACGACCUAUGAGUACCCCUGAACAUGUUUCACCAGUUUCUCUUGAGUUUAGUUGUACUCAAAUGUGCUCUCAUUGCCGGAAUAAAUUCGCAGGGGGAGGCUAUCGGCCCUUGCGGUGGCGAUUACUCGGGCCACGAGUACUCGAUAACGUCCCCAAAUUAUCCCCAAAGUUACCCGGAGAAUGUCGAGUGUGUCUACGUCCUUCGAGGGAGUCCUCGAGCUGAGUGCAAUCCAAUGUUCAAUCUGCACUUUUUGGAUUUCUCCUUGAGACCCUCGGAAAACUGCCGAGAGGAUUUUGUGGAGAUUGCCGGCAGGAGUUUAUUCUGUGGAAGCGUUGGAGGGAUUCGGAGGUAUCCUGGCAUGGAUAAUAGCUUGAAAAUUAGGUUUCACAGUGGUAAAAGGGGAAAUGGGAACGACGGAAAGGGUUUCAAAAUCGCGGUGACGACGCUGCCCUGUCCUUCGGAGAGAGAAAAUUCAAGUUUGCACCUGCCAUUGAGAUUCAACCAAAAUCGAGAGGACAAUUCGAUUCGCGGAGUGCAGCCAUUGACAGACGAGCCUUCACCCGCUCCCCAACAAAUCUCCUCCGACCACAUUUACCCAAUAUACCGUCCACCCUCACCAUUCACCUUAGAAGAGCUCUCUCCCUCUGAAAAGUUCCAAACACCUGCACACCCCCUUCCCUCCGUGACUCCCCAAGAAGCGUCGGAUCUUGUCAGCACCACUAAAUUAUUACCCGAUAUUUCCGCUGAAAAGUCACCUCCGGGAAAAACUUUAAACAAUGAUUUCCCCGAGGCCGUGAAAAUAUCCUCGUACUUAUUCGCUUCCCCGGAGUCCGAAGUCCUCCGAAAUUUCCGUGAACCGAGUCAUCUAUUAUCCGCACAGCUUCCUCCCACCUCGAUAGGGAAUCCACCCUUCCGACAAUCCCAAUCUAACCAAUUGUCAUCAAAUUUUCGAGGAGCUGAAUCACUUUCAACCACUGAAAAUCGAUUAUCAAAAUUAGAGGACUUCAGCGAAGUGAACGAUAAGAUCGGACUGCCAUCUGCUGCUUACGGUCUUCCAGGAUCAUCACUCUAUCGCCAAAUAUUUGACCUGAAACCGGGGGAAGUGUUGGACACACCCAGAGAUGUCGAUUGCUUCGGAAGAGUAAAUAUCAACGGGGUACAAGGGCUCUCACUAGGAAAUGAUUAUCCCCGAAAUGCCUUCGCCCCCGCAGCCUCAUAUCCGGCAACAACGUACGGUCAGCCGGGCUCAUCCUUCCUCCCAUCUAGUAACCCAGCACCUCUACCACCCACGCAAUAUCUACCGAGUGGAUUUAUUCCCACCCAGAAUCCGACCAACUAUUUUCCCGGAAUUGGAGCGAGGUCGGGACAAUGCUGCGGCAACUUGUUCUCGGGCCAGAGGUUUCUCUUGACUAGUCCUGGAUUUCCAACACUCCUUUACAACGGAAAUAGUUACGAUUGUACCUACAACAUCGCCCUUCAAUCCCAGAAUAUCUGCCGACUUCGCUUGAACUUCAAGUUCUUCAAUCUGGGGACGGACGAUCCUUUCUGCAACAGUGGAUAUUUGGAGAUCGAUGGCAGGAAGUACUGCGGGUGUAAGACAGGUCUCAGCAUCACCUCCGAUGUGCUGAAUUCCCCGGCGAAAACUAUUGGUGUCAGGUACGUGGGCCUCCCAAGGACAAAGCUCAACGGAUUUGUCAUGGAAGUUGUCCAGGAGAGCUGUGGAUAUCCUGUUCUGGCGAGGAGCAAGAAGGAGGUUGGCAAUGGAACCUUCAUUCAUGAUGCGGAGGAAGAGGGAAGUGGAACUGCGCUCAGGGUGAAAAGGAACCUGGGCUACUCCUACGCCAAACCAAAUAUUCCUUUCAAUCGACCUGGAGGACAACUGGGGUAUGCGGGUGGCUUUGGACACUGGGGAUUCACUUCUGCGAGUAGAUGUCAGGCGUUGAGUUUCAUCGAUUGGACUCUGGCUGCCAAGGAGGUGUACCUCAAAGGGGCGAGGUGCACCUCGGGGGGCGGAGGGCGAGUGCCAAAUUAUCCAAAUUAUCCGGGAGGAAGUUAUCCCCCCAAUUAUCCCGGUAAUGGAAAUGGAUAUCCGGGUUAUCCCGAUAAUAAUCUUAUCCCGAAUUAUCCCGGCAACGGAUUUCCGAAUUAUCCAGGUGGAGGAAUUUAUCCACCUAGUUAUCCAGGAACAGGAAUUGGACUGCCCAGUUAUCCGUCGAAUGGAAAUCCAGGUGGUAUACUAGGCUAUCCUCCGAGUAAUGGGAUUCCCCCGAACUCGGGGAAUUGCGAGACCGUUCCAGUCGCUGAAGGGGUAUUCUCAUCGCCGUUUUAUCCCAGUCCCUACCCCAACAACAUCAACAGGUGUUGGCGAUUUUAUAGAACAUCUAUCGCAUGCAGACUCCAACUGUCCUUCUUGGAUUUUGAUGUGGAAUCAAGUCAAGGAUGUGUUAAGGAUUACGUCACAAUCAGUGGACAGAAUACGAGGUUCUGCGGAAGGACAUUAGCCGGAAGUAAAACUCUCCUUGGCUUCCCAACAAGUAACUUCAUCGAUAUUCGGUUCGUCGCCGAUAACUUCGGCAGUGGGAAAGGAUUCAACAUUGGAUUCACUCAGCUCCCAUGUCAAGUCGAAGUGAAUCGUUAACCAUUUAUUUAUUAUUAGUUAUUUUACUAGCUUUAAUGCAUAAUUUUGUACUUAAUUAUUUACUGUAUGUAUUAUGCUCAGCUCAAGAUAUUUUUAUAAUCGAGGAAGAAAGGGGAGGAUGAAAUGAAAGAGUCAGAGCACUUAUAAUUAGUUUAUUGACAAUUUGAAUUAAAAUUCUUUGACACUUUGUAAUACUUAUGCGGGUAUUGUUCAUCAAUAUUCAAUUAUCGUUCUGGA